AUAGAAAGGGUUUCCGGUUUCCGGUUAGCGGUUAGCUCUUAGCUCCUAGUGCCGAGCAUAACGACCUUCUUUUUAUUUAAGAACCGAAUCCACAAACAAACACUUGGCUUUGGAUUAAUCCACGUUCUUUAAGUUAUUGGACUCGGUUUAAAACCACUCUAACGUUUAUAUUUAAAGGCGGAGCUAAAACACCAUUUAGUCAGACAGUAGAUUUAAUCACUCUGUGUCUCCGGGAGAUGGCAGUGUCUAAGAGGCUGCUGAAGGCGGUGGUGAUGCUGGAGCUGCUGGGGGUCCUGGGGGCCUACGGCCUCUUUCAGCAGAUGGACAAGAGCCAAGACUUCAGGAGCUCCAUGAAGAGGAGGUGUCCGUCCGUCUUAGAAGUUUACUAUCAGUCCAACGAGUGGGCGGGACAACACGGCGUCAGAGAGCGAGACCAGGAGGCGUGGUCGUCCAAACAGCACUGACAGAAGACACGUCUUCUGCUACUUCCUCUUCCCCAUCAUCCUGGCUCCGCCCACCGCCCGCCUCCUGUUGAAGGCCGUCUUCUUCCUGCGCAGCGUCUUGACGUCUCGGCCGUGGAUCCAGUCGUCACGCUGCGCCUCCCACUUGAGCUGCUUCACACCUGCAGAGGUCAGAGGUCAGUGUCAGAGGUCAGAGACAGAGGUCAGUGACAGAGGUCAGAGGACCAGAUGUUUUCAGUCCCACCUGCUCGGUCCGUGUUCGCCAUCGCGUUCAGUCCGAUGUUGUCGAACUUGGAGCCGGCGUUUUCAUCCAGGAGGGAACCGAACUGUGAAGUCAGAGGAAGAACGGAUCAGUACCGUGUUUGUUCCUGCAGAACUCACCCAGUCCUGGUGACGUCACACACUCACCUCUUCUGCAGAAGCAAACACGGCUGCCUCCUUCCUUCCUCUCUUCUUCUUCUUCCCUGGUUUGGAGCCUGAAGGAAAACAGCCAAUCAGAAGACUUGAUUUCUUUUAACGGACCAAUCUGUCUUUAAAUUAUAUUUCCCUCUGACCUAAAGCUCCAGAAAAGUCCAGCUCCUCCUCCUCUGACCUCCUCUUCUUCCUGAUUUUCACAGUUUCCAUCA